AUGACGACUGUCGACGUUGUGAUUGUCGGUGCUGGAAUUGCGGGCAUUAAAGCAGCCACAGAAUUGCACUCUAAGGGAUUGAGCACCCUGAUUUUGGAAGCUCGGGACAGAAUUGGCGGACGGCUGUACACCUAUCACCCACCAAAUUCGAAGUACGGCUAUGAUAUUGGUGCCUGCUGGUUUCAUGCCACCAUAAGCAAUCCGCUCUUCCACAAUGCUCUACAGAAAAAAAACGUCGAGUACUUCUUUGAUGAGAACUCGGCGGCCGUGAUUGGACCUGAAGGACCCCUUACUGUAAAUGUUGGUCCAAUCGUUGAGGAAAUAAAAUUAUAUGCCCAAUCUAGACCUGGGGAAGACGUGAACUUGAAAACAGCCUGCGCGGAAUAUCUGGCCAAAAUGGCCCCCACGUUAUCGGACGAACAGAAGAAAUGGGCUCCGUCGCUGCUCAGAGUGACAGAAAUUCCAAAUGGAAUGCAAUGGGAUAUGUUUUCUGCCCGACUGGCCAACCCCCCGUACGUCGGAAGAGAUGCAUUCGUGUCAGGUGGUUACGAGAAAGUAUUGGAGAACGAGCUUGAAGGGUAUCCUAAGGAUUCGAUCUUGACCAACACCGUUGUGAAGAAGAUUGAGCAGAUAGACAGCGGAUACAAUGUCAGUUCUGAGGACGGCAGAGCUUUUCACUCUAAGUUUGUCGUCGUCACCAUUCCUCAGUCCGUGUUGAAACUAAGCAUCGAGGAACCUAACGCCAAGGGGGCAAUCACGUUUGUCCCAGACUUGCCCAGAAUUAUCACCGACAAUUUCUCGAAAACACACUUCUGCGCGCUCGGAAAGGUGAUCUACGAAUACAACGAGGUUUUCUGGCCGGAGACAGAAAAAUUCGUUAUUAUCCCCAAGCCUGAUGAGUCUGUGUCCACUUCAACCUACAUCCCAGCCCCAGAAUACAACAAAAAGCUUACUGAGGUAGAGGCGGACAAGCUAGAAGCAUUUGAUUUCCCCGUUUUGGCUGUAAACCUGAAAACUGUGAAAAAUGCUCCCGCACUCAUGUUCCUGGUCCCUGCUCCCGCAUCUCGCUUGCUCGAGGAGAAUGUCGAAAAGUACGGCCCCAAGCUACUUGAGCCUAUUAUCGCCAAACUGUCUGGUAAAAAGCAAAGUGAGCUCCCUAAGCCAAAUCUUGUCUUCUCUACAAACUGGUCUUCCGAUCCUUACAGUAGAGGUUCUGUUUCUGGAAACGCAGUGGGUGAUGUCUUAGUCAAUGACGGUCUUAUUGAGGGCGUGCGUGGCUUACGGUUUGCCGGUGAAGCAUACUGCUACGAAGGCCACACCGGUGCUCACGGGGCCUAUAUCAGUGGUAAAAGAGAGGCAGAGGUUAUCCUCCGACAACUUAAAUACUAA